ACAACCUUUGCACAACAUGCCUCCAUUUUCUUCCUAUGGAAAUGUCUAACACAAUGCUAAAAUGUGAUGACUGAAGAAAGCAAACCACUACUUCACUAUAUUUAGAGGAACAGCAGAGCCAAAGCUCAGGAUACAGUCGAGCAUGUGGUCAGUAACUCACACUCUGUGUGUGUUCGGCACUCUUUGGGCCUCAGGUUUAAGCCAAACACUCCUAACUGUGGGCUCUUGUGUGGUCAACAGAGAGAAGGCUACGUUUGACUGCAGCAGACGAAACCUGUCAUCAGUACCAGAAGAGAUAUGGCCAAACGUGACCAAGCUGGAUCUAUCGGAGAAUCACUUAGACCUCGCCCGUGCUAAUGGCCUAAAAGAGCUGCAGCACUUUGACCAUUUGAUCUCACUCAAUCUAUCAGGAAACUACCUCCCCCUGCUGGGGAAGCAGCACUUCUCCCCUCUCUUAUCUCUGCAAGUACUGGACCUCAGUGGAUGCAAACUGGCUGUAAUAGAAGCUGAUGCCCUGUUGAGCUUCCCCAGGUUACAAAAGCUUUAUCUGAGGAAUAAUUAUUUGCAAACUCCCCUGUUAGCUAUACAGACUGAGUUUGUGGAUAUCAGCAGUAAUCUUCAACCAAACGGCAGAUUCAAAACAACAGAAAGAAGAAGAGUUUAUAAGCAGAUGGAUGAGAAAAGACAGCCUAAUGGAAAUGUUCUUAGCAUAAUCACUGAGAGUCACUUCCGUCGUAAACUGCUGGCAGAGACCUUGGUGGUCACCACUGACGCAAACACAUCCAACAAAAACGACACUGACAAUGGUCUGAAAAGUGCUUCAGGCAGCUGGAAGCUCCUUGUUGCCGUUUUGGUUACAGCCAUCAUCAUCUCCAUCCUCAUCGCUGUUGGUGCAAAGUGUAAAAUCGUGCACAAGUACUUGGCCAGUUACAGGCACUCGAGGCUCAGUGAAACUGACACAUCCAGUCACUGCGACCCUUCUAGCUUUGAGGUGGGCUUCUCCAGCCAGACCCACUCAAGGAGGGGCACACACUCAGGCUCAGCCGAAGGUGGUGAGAUGGAGGAGGACGAUGACGGCUUCAUUGAGGACAAUUACAUUCAGGCCAGUGAGAGAGAAAGAGCAGAAAAAGAGGCACAGAAGUGGGACAACGUGGAGGAUGAAGACGAAGAGGACGAGUUGGAGUUCACUAUUGGGUAGCUGAAGGAGAACUGAAAGAGCUUUGGGCUGACACUAGGUUGAGCUACUUACAAUAUUUGCGAUGACGGAAGCAGCAGGACUUUUUAUAAGCUUAUUUAUGACACUGAUUCCUUCACAUGUAUUCAUUUUUCAUGUACUGUGUUAACCUUGUGAAAUAAUCAGUCCAUUCAUGUCCAACAACUAAAUUUAGUUGAAAAUAGAACUUGUUCUAACAAGUGAUGAGACUUCAUGGAGUUAUAGACUGGAUGAAUAUCUAGCAGUGCACAUUUGAAUUUUCACUUCACUUUUCAAUCUGAUUUCUAUGUUGUUGUUUUGUUUUGUUUAAUCUUUUCGUGGCUUAAAAACUAAGUUUAAUAUUAUAACUUAAGUGAAAAACUCAUUUUUAGUCUUAUAGUUUAACACACUUUUAAAGUUCUUCGUCUUUGUGCUGCGGCAGCCUCACAACAUUUGGGACUAAGAAGUCUCUCAAGCGGACAUGAAAGGGUUAAUAACUCACACGGGCUACACACCUCCAUUUCUGACUUCACUCGCUUUAAGCUUCACUGAAUAAAAAGCGUUUUAAAGAA